AGUGAGGCCUCAAGCAUCCAUCACAUCCAAAGCAAAACCCAAGUAAUUAACCAUGGCCAAGCUUUUCCAAACCCUAAUUCCAGUGCUUUCCUCCAUAGCCUUGCUCCUUGCCAUCGCCAACACGGCACGGUCGCAGACGACCUCCUUCACCUAUGAUUUCUACGGCGGCCCGAAGCCAACUGACCUACUCUACCAAGGCGACGCCCACUUCCCAUCCGACUCCACCUACCUCCGCUUGACCAACACCGACGACUCAGGCAAUCCGUUAACGUACCGCGUUGGCCGAGCCGUGUAUUCCAAGCCCAUCCAAUUUUGGGAUGAUGAAGGCCAGGUGGACUUUGAAACCACCGUAAAAUUCAUCAUCAACCCCAAAAGCGGCGACACAAACCCCGCCGAUGGCCUCACCUUCUUCAUCCAGCCUGUCGGAUCCCCAGUCGCAACCGCACGCGCUAGCUUUGGAAUCUUUGACAAUUCUGGUAAAAAUCCGUCCGUCUUUGCCGUGGAAUUCGACAUCUACUACGGCAACCCUAAUGAUCCAAAUUAUCGUCAUGUUGGGAUUGACAUUGAAUCAAAUGUUUCCAAAAACACAACCGACGUCGGCGACGCAAUUUUGGGGCAGGAGGUGACUGCCCGCAUCGACUACGAGGAAGCUACCAAAGUCAUCAGCGUUCACGUGACGGCGGGCUCAAAAACUUAUGAGGUGAGCUAUGUGUACGACUUGAGCACCAUUCUCCCUCAGCAGGUUGAGGUUGGAAUCUCCGCCUCUACUGGAUCACGCGCCGCCAUUCACGACCUCAUAUCGUGGUAUUUCACUUCCACUCUUGUGCAUACCAAAGACAACGGCGACGCCAAAAUUCGCCAGAUUGUGUGAAGUAUGCUAUGUGAAUAAGGACUAGCGAUUGAGUUUUCUCUCGUUGAGUCCCUAAUUACAAUAAGAUGAUGGACUCAUCCAUUUGUGUGUGUAUGUUAUUCUGUAUGUCAUGUAUGUAUGUACCACGGGUUUUAUGAAAUUAAUGUCAGUUUUUAUUAA